UUUACGGUCCUCACGUCCACACGCCACACACUCCCAGCAUCCUCCGCGCCGCUCGGUCGAGAAGGUGAAAAUGGCCUCCGCCUAUCUGAGCCACCAGCAGAAAGUGCUGCGGCUCUACAAGAAGUCCCUGAGACACCUGGAGUCCUGGUGCGUGUUCAGAGACAAAUUCCGCUUCCACGCCUGCGUUCUGCGGGCUCGCUUCGAUGAGAACAAGACUGAGAAGGACAUGGUGAAGGCCACCAUGAUGCUGAAGGCGGGAGAGGAGGAGUUCUGGGAGUUCCAACACUCUGAGCCCAUCGUCUUCCCCGACUCUCCUGGAGGGACCUCCUACGAGAGAUACGAGUGCUACAAGGCCCCAGAGUGGCUGCUGGACCACUGGCACCCCUCAGAGAAGGCCAUGUAUCCCGACUACUUCUCCAAGAGGGAACAGUGGAAGAAACUGAGAGCGCUCAGCUGGGACAAAGAGGUCGCCCAGCUGCAGGCUGAGACUAAAGAAGGCGGCCCAAAGACCGAAACCCUCCCUCCUGCUCGCCAAGAGGGCGAACUCCCCCCUCUGUGGUGGCAUUACGUCACCCGCCCCAGGGAGCGCCCGUAAACACCCUCCGCCUCCUGGCGUCGGUCAGCCCCGCAGUCUGAGGGCAAACUAUCCCCACCACCCAACAGCAGCACGAAGACUGGCCGACCUCUUAUUGAACCAUCGUGUCUGUAAAGAAUGUUUUAUUGGUCAUUUCUGAGGAGGUUCACCUAUGAAUGACUGAGAAAACAACCUGCCUGAAUUCACACCUUCACAACUACAGAUUUUGAGUUUAAGGAGGUCGGUGACGUGGGGACGUCCUGUAGAUGUAAAACUUAAUACCUGUAACUGUUCCAAUAAAUAAAUGUGUAAUGAAAA